AUGAAGAUCCUAUCACCUCUGCUUGUUCUAGGAUCCUUGGCCGCUUCAGUUGAAGCCAAACAGGCCCGUAUUAUUGGUGGACAGGAUGCUGAUCGCUUUGGCUUCCCUCAUCUUGUUUACCUUGCCCGUGACAACGGAAAGCUUAUUUGUACUGGUUCCCUUGUUUCUCAGAGCCUUGUUCUUACUUCAGCACAUUGUCGCUGGCCGGGAAUUGAGAGGGUUCAAAUUGGACGAUGGGACACGAGUGAUUCUACUGAAGCAUAUGAAGAACGCACUGUUGUUGCAGAACAUCUCCAUCCUGAGUGGGAUGAUGAGUUCUUGACGAAUGAUAUUGUUCUUCUAGAACUCGAUUCCCCUGUUGUCGGGGUCCCCGUCGUCAAAAUUGCGAAAGACGAAUCAGCGUUGGUUCCAGGAAAGCCGAUUGUUGCUGUCGGUUACGGUGUUGACGACAGUGGGGAGCUGCCCGACAAGGUUCAAGUUGUUGAACUUGACUACGUUCCAAACGAAGCUUGCAUGGGUUUCAGGGGAACCACAACACAAGAUGAUGGGACUCUAAGAGAAGUUCCGUAUUCAUCAAUUCUUCAAAGUGAUCACAUGUGUACUCACUUCUCUGAUGGAAUUCCUCGAGAUUUCUGCAAAGGAGACUCAGGCGGCCCUCUGCUUAUUCGAAACUCCAAAUGGCGAGUUCCACUGACACCAACAAAUACGCGUUACAGUCAAGCUCAACUACAAGGACCUCAAUUCAUCAAGUCACGCCAAGAGCCUACUGAAGCUGACCAUACUUAUACUCAAAUUGGAAUUGCCAGUUUGGGAUUCGAUUGCGCCGAUGCAAAUGCACCAGGAAUUGGGCAACGAAUUGCGGAGUCGUACGAUUUCAUUCGUUCUACCAUCUGCCGCAUUGAUGGCGAGUCCACCCCGGCGGACUACAACUGUGGAGACUUUUUCGACUUUGGACAAUAUCCAGGUACUGGUGUAUGCGAUGGUGCUGCAGGUCCCAACUCAUGUACCAUUCGAUCCGAUUGUAAUACCGCUGUGGGCGAAUGCUGCAUGUACGAUUCGUGUACUUGCACAGUUCCUGAAGGAAGCGAAAGGUUCAUGUGUGUCCCAAACAAAGCAUAA